AUGUACACCAGAGCAAAGACUGAUGCAGCUAAGGUGGGCCCCACGCAGCCUGAGGGCUCGCCUGAGCCUGGAGCCGUUUCCGAGCAGGAUGCUAAUAAUGCUAACGAGCGGCUGCUAAUACGCAUGGAGGUGAUGAUGGAGACUAUGCGCACGGACAUUAAGUGUGAGGAUUUGGAAGGAAGGUCGAGAUUGAAUAAUAUUCGCGUGGUGGGUGUCCCGGAAGGCUCCGAGGACUCCCGUCCAACUGUGUUUGUGGCCAAACUGCUCCAGGGCUUGCUCGGCUUGGACGGGGAACCAGUGCUGGAUCGUGCCCACCGUACCCUCCGCCCUAAACCAAAGGACGGGGAGCUUCCUCGCCCGUUUGUUCUGAUUCUGACAGCAGCAACCUGUCUGAGAGUUGUUCCAGUGGUGUGUGGGAGCCGCUUGCACCACAGGUUCGGGCUGGAGGCCUGCGAAGACAUCGUCAAUCCCGAAGCUGCAGAUAAAGAGUGGAUUGUAAAUGUAGAGAGCGCAGUCUGCAGCUCAGACCUCCGUGACAUCCGUGCACCGGGAGCCGUGAUGUACGCGGGACGCAAGAGGAGAAAGCCCGUGCAGAGAGCGGUAAAGCCCGCGGCCAAUGAGGGCGCCAAGUCCAACCCGUCCAAGCGCCACAGAGACCGGCUGAACGGGGAGCUGGAGAGACUGGCCUCUCUGCUGCCGUUCCCAGAGGAGGUCACUGCCAGUCUGGACAAACUGUCCAUCCUGCGCCUCAGCGUCAGCUUCCUGCGCGCCAAGAACUUCUUCUCUGGUAAAUAA